CGCCUGCCCCGCGCCCCCGGCUGCCGAGGACCUCCCUCCAUGCGGCCCUGAGCGCCGAACUCCCAGUGCCAGGAGCGGACGCCCGCCCCGCCUCCGCCAGCCCCGGACCCCGGGGGCAGAGAGUCGAGCCCCGCGGGAUGGGGGACACCGCGCCCCCGCAGGCCCCCGCAGGGCUGGGAGGGACCGCCGGGCCGGGGCUCCUCGGGGGGGGCCCGGUCGCCCCCAGAGUGCACAGCGCCAUCGUGGAGCGCCUGCGGGCUCGGAUCGCCGUCUGCCGCCAGCACCACCUGAGCUGCGAGGGCCGCUACGAGCGCGGCCGGGCGGAGAGCUCGGACCGGGAGAGGGAGAGCACCCUGCAGCUCCUGAGCCUGGUGCAGCACGGCCAGGGGGCGAGGAGGGCCGGCAAGCAUGCCAAGGCCGCGGCCUCGGCGGCCCCCUCGGCGCCCGCCCCGCCCGCCGUGCCCCCGCCCGCCGCCUCCCAGGCAGCGGCGACCCCCGCCCCGCCGGACUAUCCCCGCCGCCGGGAGCACCUGCUGGGCAGCGGCGGCCACGGGGGCGGCGGGGGCACGGACCGGGAGCAGCCGCCGGCCUCGGCCCCUGCGGACCAGAGGAACUCAGCGCUGAUUGCGCUCCAGGGUUCCUUGAAAAGAAAACAGGUAGUUAACCUGUCUCCUGCCAACAGCAAGAGGCCUAAUGGCUUUGUCGACAACUCAUUCCUUGAUAUGAAAAGAAUCCGUGUUGGGGAGAACCUCUCUGCAGGACAAGGGGGCCUCCAAGUAAACAAUGGACAAAGUCAGAUUAUGUCAGGGACCUUGCCCAUGAGCCAAGUGCCCCUGAGAAAGACUAACACUCUUCCACCCCAUACACAUUCUCCUGGAAAUGGUAUUUUUACCAUGGGCUUAAAGGAGGUGAAGAAGGAACCGGGAGAGACUCUGUCUUGCAGUAAGCACAUGGAUGGCCAAAUGACCCAGGAGAGUAUUUUUUCCAGUAGGUAUGGGGAUGACCCUGGAGAGCAACUCAUGGAUCCAGAGCUGCAGGAGCUGUUCAAUGAACUGACCAACAUAUCUGUGCCUCCCAUGAGUGACCUUGAGCUGGAGAACAUGAUCAAUGCCACCAUAAAGCAGGAUGAUCCAUUUAACAUUGACUUGGGUCAGCAAAGCCAGAGAAGCACCCCCAGGCCCUCUGUGCCCAUGGAGAAGACAGUGAUCAAAAGCGAAUACUCACCUGGUCUGACCCAGGGCCCCUCGGGCUCUCCACAGUUGAGACCCCCAUCAGCUGGCCCCGUAUUCUCCAUGGCCAGCUCUGCCCUCUCCGCUUCAUCCCCAGUCACUUCUGUCCCUCAGAGUCAGGCUCAGCCUCAGACAGCUUCAGGAGCAAGCCGGGCCCUGCCAAGCUGGCAGGAAGUUUCCCAUGCCCAACAGCUAAAACAGAUAGCUGCCAAUCGUCAGCAGCAUGCCCGGAUGCCGCAGCACCAGCCUGCCAACUGGUCAGCCUUGCCCUCUUCCACUGGGCCAUCCCCAGGUCCCUUUGUACAGGAGAAGAUCCCCAGCCCUUCUUUCAGUCAGCAGCCAUUCAGCCCACAGAGCUCUCCCAUGUCUGGGGUGGCAGGGGGCAGCAGCCAGUCAAAAGCAAUGGCCAACUACAUAUACAAGGCCAGCCCGUCAGCCCAGGCAGGGCAUCUGGAUGUGCUCAUGCAGCAAAAGCCUCAGGAUCUCAGUCGAAGUUUUAUUAACAACCCUCACACAGCCAUGGAGCCCCGUCAUGGCAACACCAAGCCUUUGUUCCAUUUUAACUCAGAUCAAGCAAACCAGCAGAUGCCUUCGGUUUUGCCUUCCCAGAACAAGCCUUCUCUCCUACACUACACCCAGCAGCAGAGCUCGGUGUCUGCACAGCCGCCACCACCGCAGCAGCCACAGCCGCCAGCCCAGCCGCUGGCCCAGCCCACCCAACCUCUACCAAGCCAGCCUUUGCUAAGGUCGCCCUUGCCACUUCAGCAGAAGAUCCUGCUUCAGAAAAUGCAGGGUCAGCCCCUCACAGGACUGGGGUAUCAAGUCUCCCAGCAGCACAGACAGGAUCAGCAUUCUGUGGUAGGCCAGAACACAGGCCCCAGUCCAAGUCCCAACUCCUGCUCAAAUCCAAACACUGGAAGUGGUUUCAUGAACUCCCAGCAAUCACUGUUGAAUCAGCAGUUGAUGGGAAAGAAACAGACUCUACAGAGGCAGAUCAUGGAACAGAAACAGCAACUUCUCCUCCAGCAGCAGAUGCUGGUUGAUGUGGAGAAAAUUGCUCCACAAGAUCAAAUAAAUAGACAUUUGACAAGGCCACCCCCAGAUUAUAAAGACCAAAGAAGAAAUGUGGGUAAUAUGCAACCAACUGCUCAAUAUUCUGGUGGCUCUCCAGCAGUGAGUUUAAACUCUAACCAGGCUUUGACAAACCCAGUUUCAACACACACCAUUUUAACUCCAAAUUCCAGCCUCAUGUCUGCUUCCCAGGGGACAAGAAUGCCAUUGUUAUCCACAGCAGUUCAGAAUAUAGGGAUGUAUGGAAAUCUGCCGUGUAAUCCGCCUGGUACAUACAGCGUCACUUCAGGAAUGAGUCAAUUGACCCAACAAAGAAACCCAAACCAAUUGAUAGCAAAUCAGAACCCUAUGAUGCCACGGCCUCCUCCUACCUUAGGGCCAAGUAAUAAUAAUAAUAAUGCGGCAGCUUUCGGGGCCGGACCCGUUGGCAAUUCACAACUGAGACCAAAUUUAACUGCUAGUAUGGCAAGCGUGCCGGCCCAGAGAGCCGCGAACGUGAUGAUCACCCCCAGCGCGUCAGCAGCAGACUGGGGCUCCCAAGAAGCAACAGCCAAACAGCAGGAUGCCCCGAAGCCCGCAGGCGCCCGCCUGCCCACAGGGGCACCCACCGCCUUCGCCCCAAACCAGGCCCUGCAGCAGGCGGUGGGCAGCCCGCAGUUUCCCCAGAGGGCCGGGGCUCCCUCCAGUCAGUUAACACCAGCGGUGCACAUGAGGCCCAUGGGCCAAACGCUGAACGGCCAAACCACGGGCCCGCUCCGGGGUCUGAAUCUCAGACCCAGUCCGCUGAGCACACAGGUUCUGCCUAAUUUGAACCAGUCUGGAACAGGGCUGAGCCAGUCGCGGACAGGCGUAAGCCAGCCCACCCCGCUGGCCGCCGGCAGUUUCCCGUCACCCAGCCAAAGUUCCAGGGCUUUCCAAGGAGCUGACCACGGCAGUGACUUAGCCUUCGACUUCCUCCACCAACAGUCCGAUAGCAUGGGCCCGGCCCUCAACAGCGAUGCUGAUUUCAUUGAUUCUUUGCUGAAGACAGAGCCUGGCAAUGAUGACUGGAUGAAAGACAUCAAUCUUGAUGAAAUCUUGGGGAACAACUCCUAAAGGAGGAAAGGGAGAUGGUUCUCAAACUCCCAGCACUAAGAGGUGGUAUUUCACGAGGACUCUGUAAAGGCCAAGCUGUUGACUUUUAGUGGGACUACGUCAAGACACCUUGGCUUAAAAAUGGAAAGCAGAAAGUAACGGUAGGGGUGACCAUUUCGGGCCAAGUGCUUGUUUUAAAUCUCAAACCUGAAAGGGAAACACUGGGAUCACUUUUCCCCACCUAAGCUCCAGGAUGCAGUAUCCAGUUUAUCUGAACAGAACUGUGAUGUUGAUGUGUAAUUAGCUGUAUAAAAUAGUCUUCCUAAGUUCCUUUUCUCCCUGAAAGAAAAGUAAUAGGACAUGUGGCUUGUCAAACCCCAUUUCGCGCAGAGGUACUAGUUCCAAGAAAGAAGCAACAAAUGCCUUAAUUUGCUUUAACAAAUCUAAGUGUGGUUUAAUCUUUCCACUCUGUCAUUUCAUUUAGUUUUUCUAGAAUUUCUAGGGUAGAUUAAAAUGUUAUAGGUUUGUUUGGAGUAACUAGUGUCCUAAGUAACAGAAAGCCAGAGCACUUAGAGAGCACUCGGUGGGAUCAUUGAAUUUCUUCCCCAGAUUUCCCCUUUACGUUUUCAGUUUUCCCACAUAUUCUUCAGCAAGAUGCUGUGUCUAGUGAUGAAACAAGAAUGCAGAACUGUCCAACUUUCUUUGGGCUUCCAUAACCAGUUUCUGAAUCUGUUUCCAAGUCUUAGAGACAAUUACAACCUGUCCUAAUCAUACUGAAGUAAUAGGGCACACCUGACCGCAUCAGAGUUCACUGUGUAAAAAAGUGAUGGGAGGCCUCCUGUCAUGAUGCCUGCUGGUUAGUUUCUGAGCUGAGUGCAGCUGAACUUGGUCCUCCCUGCUUGUCUUGAUGAACAAUAGCUGAUUUGUAAGAAAAGGAAGUUUGGAAACCAAAACUGAUAUUAGGAGGUAUCAUGUUUUGGUUGGAGAUAAGAAACAAAAGAUCAGAACCAGGAAUGGCAGGUACAGGUGGGUGCAGAUCUAUUUCACAGGGUUUGAAGAAAAGCAUAAGCAAGAGAGAAAAUACUCUGUCCUGAUUUGGACAGAUUAUUUGGGUAAACAGUUAAAUGGACUGUGAUCUGUUAGUAGCAGUCUAUUCAUUCUUCUGUUCCUGAUGUGAUGAAUCAUUGCCACAUGCUAGACGGAUGCUUCAUAUCCAGGUUUUCUCCCUCAGGGCUGAGCACUGUGUCAAAGAAAGAAUAUUUGUUGAGUCAUGUAACCCCAGUGCCCCAAUACAGAUCCGUUGCAAAAUGGGGAAGAUAUGUGCCGAUUUGGGAUGGAUGCAAAUAUCACUAGCAUUUUCCUAAUUACAGGUGAGAAUUACACCUGAAAGCAGUUUAUCUUCAGCCUUUUUACUUAUACUCACAUAUUCAAUUAUCAAAUGUAAUUUAACUGAAGUUAAUAACUAAGUCUUUAAGUACCUGUUCUAAAAAGAACGCAUUUUGGAAGUUCUUUUAAGUCCUCUCCCAAUUUUUAAAAUGUCUAGAAGCACUCUCUUUCUUUUACAUAAUACCAAUAUACUGGCCCAGAAUCUUUUCUGUGCUGGGUUGUAAAUAUUAAUAAAUUACUUGUUUUGUAAACUUUUGUAAAGAAUAUUUUGGUAGAAAUACUUAAAAACAUAUUCUUUGGGUUAUAUUUAUACAUAUGUGAAAUAAAUAUACUAUCAAAAGGUUAUAUUUUAUACAAAAAGUAAAUUGUUACCUUUUGUAUGCUAAUAUACAAAGUUUUAUAUAAUACGAUGGUUUAUUUUUAGCUCUACACUUAAACCAUAGGUGGUCAAGUGGAACUUUUGAAAACUAUCAAGAGGCUUGUUAGACAAAUUUAUAUUCUGAAACCUCAAUAGAAAAGCAUUCCAGGUUUCAAUCCUUUCCUUUUUUUUUUUUUCUGCCCCCACAUACUUUUUUAAACUCAUAGUUCUUGUGUCCUGUUUGAUUAUUCUGCUGUGCACAUUGUAUCGGUCCUUGUUGCAUGUGGUCUACUGUGUGGUUUCCCAUUUUAUAAAAGUGUUUCUCCAUGCAAAAACAGUAAGGAAAAAGUUAUGUAUAUAUAAACACUUUUAUUUUAUGACUCCUCCAUGUUACUGUAUAUAUCUGCCAGCACUUCCCAGUUACACUCCUGUGAGUCAGCUUAUUUUUACCCUAACAUAAAUAGUAUGUUUUGUAGUAGCUAUCAAAUUUAAGAGAGAAAACAAUCAGAAUGUUUGGAUUUUCUUCUAUCGUAAUGUGAAUUUCAUAAUUAGUGUCUUAUUUAUUCAGCUAUUCAUUAAAAUACAGGAUUCUUUGGAAAAAAAUGGUGUAGUCUAUAGUUUCUGUUUGUUGGCAGCCUGUUACCAAAGAUGACAUAAUUUCCUGAAAGCUGAGAUAAUGACAAUUGAAUAGACCUAGAUAGCCAAAAUUUUAGGAUUUAUGAUUUAAAAGCAAUCUCCCAUUUAUAGACUACUUAGUUGUUGGCAUUGUUUAUCGUUCUGACAUAUUUAUACAAGAGGUAGAAGUAAUUUUUCUUUUCUUUUUUUUAAUUUGAAGACUAGAAAGCCAUUAAAGCAAAUAAUUCACUCUUGGCUUUGUGUUAAGCCCAAUAAAGAUAAAUAACUGCUCUAGGUGAAUGCACUAAUAUUACUUGCAUUACUGUAACUGUACCAAUAACUGUAAAAUUUUCAACCUGUAAAACGAGUAUUUUGUAUUGUGUGUAAUUUCAUGUGUUAAAAAAUAGUUUUUAAAAAUUCAUAAGUGGUUCUCUUGUAUGAAAUCAUACUUUCAGCUACCAGCAGUGUUGUUGCUCCAUCAAAGAAAGUUCUGAGGA